CAAAGUGCUUUUGCCAGAGCGGUCACAUAAUCAACCUGAAAGAAGAAAAUAAAUACCGUAUACUUUAAAAUUUUAUCGAUCCUUAAAAACUGGACACUCAAAGCUGCGCAAACCAUGCAGGAUGAUUUACUGAUGGACAAAAGCAAAACCCAGCCCCAGCCCCAGCAGCAGCGGCAGCAGCAGCAGCAGCCCCAGCCCGAGCCCAGCGUARCCGAAGCCCCGUCCACGCCCCUCUCCUCAGAGACCCCCAAACCGGAGGACAGUAGCGCAGUGCCGGCCCUUAGCCCCGCCGCGGCCCCGCCGGCCCCCAACGGCCCGGACAAGAUGCAGAUGGAAUCGCCGCUCCUGCCGGGCUUGAGUUUCCAUCAGCCCCCACAGCAGCCGCCGCCGCCGCCGCAGGAGCCCACCGCGCCGGGCGCGUCGCUGUCGCCGUCGUUCGGCAGCACCUGGUCCACCGGCACCACGAACGCGGUGGAGGACAGCUUCUUCCAGGGGAUCACCCCAGUCAACGGGACCAUGCUCUUCCAGAACUUCCCGCACCAUGUCAACCCAGUCUUCGGAGGCACUUUCUCCCCGCAGAUCGGCCUGGCGCAGACCCAGCACCACCAGCAGCCGCCGCCGCCAGCACCGCAGCCAGCGCAGCCGGCGCAGCCACCCCAGGCGCAGCCCCCGCAGCAGCGCCGGUCGCCCGCCAGCCCUAGCCAGGCGCCCUACGCGCAGAGAAGCGCUGCCGCGGCUUACGGCCACCAGCCCAUCAUGACCAGCAAGCCGUCUUCGUCUUCUGCCGCUGCGGCCGCCGCUGCGGCCGCAGCGGCCUCGUCGGCCUCAUCCAGCUGGAACACGCACCAAAGCGUUAACGCCGCCUGGAGCGCACCGUCCAACCCGUGGGGUGGUCUGCAGGCAGGCCGGGACCCUCGCCGAGCGGUUGGCGUGGGCGUGGGCGUGGGCGUAGGGGUACCCUCCCCACUAAACCCCAUCUCGCCGCUCAAAAAACCCUUCUCCAGCAAUGUGAUCGCGCCUCCCAAGUUCCCUCGUGCGGCUCCGCUCACCUCCAAGUCCUGGAUGGAAGAUAACGCUUUCCGGACCGAUAAUGGUAACAAUCUGUUACCAUUUCAGGACCGGAGUAGGCCCUAUGACACUUUUAACUUGCACUCGUUGGAGAACUCCUUAAUGGAUAUGAUAAGGACUGAUCAUGAGCCUCUGAAAGGUAAACACUACCCUCCCAGUGGCCCACCAAUGAGUUUCGCUGAUAUAAUGUGGAGGAAUCAUUUUGCAGGUCGCAUGGGAAUAAAUUUCCACCAUCCGGGAACAGAUAAUAUUAUGGCACUUAACACCAGGAGCUAUGGGCGGAGACGAGGUCGAUCUUCUCUCUUUCCCUUUGAAGACGCCUUUUUGGAUGACAGCCAUGGUGAUCAGGCCUUGUCAUCUGGCUUAAGUUCUCCUACUCGAUGUCAAAAUGGGGAACGAGUGGAACGCUACUCCAGAAAGGUGUUUGUUGGAGGCCUUCCCCCUGAUAUUGAUGAAGAUGAGAUCACUGCCAGUUUUCGUAGGUUUGGACCUCUCGUGGUAGACUGGCCUCACAAAGCAGAAAGCAAGUCAUAUUUUCCUCCUAAAGGCUAUGCGUUUCUGCUCUUCCAGGAGGAGAGCUCAGUACAAGCCUUGAUAGAUGCCUGCCUAGAAGAAGAUGGGAAACUGUACCUGUGUGUGUCAAGUCCCACCAUCAAGGACAAACCGGUGCAAAUUCGACCAUGGAACCUAAGUGACAGUGACUUUGUAAUGGAUGGUUCUCAGCCUUUGGACCCCAGAAAAACUAUCUUUGUUGGGGGAGUUCCACGACCCCUUCGAGCUGUUGAGUUGGCAAUGAUCAUGGACCGUUUGUAYGGUGGUGUCUGCUAUGCUGGCAUUGAUACGGACCCAGAGCUGAAGUACCCCAAAGGUGCUGGCCGUGUGGCGUUCUCCAAUCAGCAGAGUUACAUCGCAGCCAUCAGUGCACGUUUUGUGCAGCUUCAACACAAUGACAUUGACAAACGGGUGGAAGUGAAGCCAUAUGUGCUGGAUGAUCAGAUGUGUGAUGAGUGCCAGGGCACACGCUGUGGUGGAAAGUUUGCCCCGUUCUUCUGUGCCAACGUCACCUGUCUGCAGUAUUACUGCGAAUACUGCUGGGCGAGCAUACAUUCCCGUGCCGGGCGGGAGUUCCACAAACCGCUGGUGAAGGAGGGAGGCGACCGCCCUCGUCACGUCCCCUUCCGCUGGAGCUGAGCCCAGGGCCGACCCAGCCACAAGUACUGGAGUAGAUAACAAGGAGGGAAAAGAGAGGGCACUGCCUCAGGGCUUACAGCGUUCUGGAAAUCUGUGCAUUCGUUCUCGAUUUUUAAAGAAGAAAUGGGUCUUUUUAUUACUAUUAUUAUUAUUUACAGUCAUAUUACUGAACUCAGUGUCCAGUAUAAUGCAAAACUGCAGAGUGUAUAACGGUACUGAUUUGCACUUUGAUUCACACCUUUGUCUGCUUGGUACCUUAAUUUCUUACACCUGAUUUGUCACUCGUGACUGUACGUAGACUGCCAUUCUCAUCAGCGGCCAUCAGGUUGACGUCUGUGAUUCUUUUGUUUGUUGUUGUUUUGAUUGUUUUGAAACUGGAGCAUGCACUUAUUUUCAGAAACUUAGAGAGUUGCCCCUAGGACAAGACUUACCAAAGGUAAUACUCGUGAGUAGGUGGCAGAUGUAGCAAAACCUUCACAAUUCAGCAAUCAUUAGUUGGGGUCAUUUAGAAUAAGGAUAACCCUAAUGAAAAUAAGCCUUUAGUUGCUCUGUAUUUUGACUUGUAAGGAUACCUCAUAAGCUGGAUCUUUAUUUUCCCUUCAUGUUUGAUUUUUGUUUUGCUGAGGAUUUUGGUUAGAUCUUUUAGUGUUAUGUAAAUUUAUGCUGCAAUAGCUUUUGCUGCUAUUAAAAUGGUAUUAUUAAUACCAUAAUACUCUAUUCAGGCUAAGGUAUCAAUUAAAACAAAAACAAAAACCCAACAACACACUCUUAUGAUUUAGGGAUAGAGAGUCAGCUGCCGAAAGAAGAUCAGAAUAGACUUCAGAAAGCGUCAAUGGAAGGUCACUACUUCUGACUGCAUGUUUACUUAAUCAGGUUGCUGCAUGCAAUAAAUUUUAUAUCCAAUGUCUAGUAUAAAAACCUUCCCACAAUGCACAAAUUAAGAAUCUAUAUAAGCUAUAAAAUACUCAUUUUUUAAAACAAGAUUUUUUUCAUUCAAAGAAUUGGUAAUCGAUCGGAGGAAGGCAUGCCUCAAUAAAUGGAAUGCUUCUGAAUAGGAGGAGCCCAUAACAGAAUGACCUAUAUUACAACCAAUAUAAAACCUAGGUGUAGGAUAUUCUUAAAGCAAAUUUGUGGAUGGUAGAUGAAGUACUUUGCGGUGCUCUGUUAUAUAUUGUGCAAUUUAUUUUAUAUAGUAAAGUGAUUAUGUCUAACUGUGAUCAAACUUAACUGUUUAAAGCCUCUGUGUCAGACAUUAACGAACUUGACAGUUCAUAACUGGUAUAAUAUUAAGUAACACAUGAGCUCUUAGUUACAAUCUCCUAGUGCUUGCACCAUUUUACAUAGCUUCAGACCUUGUCCAGAAAACCAAAGAGCUCAUCUUAGCUUACAAACACUAAGAAUAUAUACAGUAUCUAGAGAUAAGUUGUCAGAUUGACAAACUAGGCACAUCUUUAAGAGAGUUGUGUGAUGGUGAUGCUAAAGAAAUGUCUGUAUAAAAUAAGAUGGCCUGGGCAGAGUUGGUUGUCUGGGUGAGAAAUUAACUACUUAAUUCCCUGGAUUUAUCCUGUAAAGCUUGAAUAGAAUUAAGACCUGCUAGUACUACCGUGGACAUUUUUUUAGCAUUCACUCUUGGGCUGCAGAUAGUAAUAUAUAAACACAUACAAUGAUCGCGAGACUAUGUAAAUCUUUUUUUAAAUCUUCUUCCUGUUUUGGAAUUCUGGGGACAAUCUGACUGGAUGUGACACUGCAGAAUAGACUUAAGUCGCUGUUUUAUGUGCUGUGAUGUCCUUGUAUUGUCUUGAAUUAGUAUUGCUUGUUUUUGUUUUUUUUUUCUCCAGUGUUUAGUUGCAAUUACUGGCUCUCAAGCUAUAGUUUGUUUUCAAAAAGGAAAAACAAAAUAGUUUUUUACUGGAUUAAAAAUGCUUAUUAGAAUCCUCCCCAAUUGAGGUGACCUCUGGGCUUUUUGGUAAUAAUUGCUUUUUUCCAGCCCAGGUGUGGUUUUGUUUGUUCGUUUGUUUUUUUCUAUGUUUGUGGUUUGGUUUGGUUUUUCAUCUGUAUAAGAAAUUUUGUUAUGCACUACUACUUUUUGUAUUCUAGACAGUUUUCAAAAGUUGGCUGAAGAUUUUUUUGUUUGUUUGUUUUUAAGGAAAAAGGCAUGCUUUCUGACUGACAUGAUCUUUUGCAAUACCUCAAUUUUGAAAUAUAGGAAAGAAAAUGAUAUUUUCUAAGUAAGUUUAUUCAGAAAAAUAUAUAUUAAUUUAAUUCUGCAAGAAAAUGAUUUAACAGAUGGGUAACUUUAUUUUUUUCAUGCUUAUUUGUGUUUUUUGAAAAUGAAGAAGUUAGAGCUUUAUAACUAUAAUAUUAAAGAUCAUAUCUAACCUACAGAAAUCUACCUAAUUAUGUGAAAGAAGCAAACUUUUUGAAGAAGCACCCCUCUUUCAUGUACUAAAAUAACACUGAGAUUAAAAAAACACAAAGCUGGAGGAUUGUACAGCAUAAAGCUAAAGUGAAGGAAAAAAACACGUUGUUAUAAAGACUAGGUUACAAAAAUAAACUCCAUUUGGUGCUGAAAGUUGUGAAUAGAUGGUGGAAACUACUUUCCCUUAAUUUGUAUAUUUAUAAUCAAGCGUUGAUUGUGCACGACUGACCAGGAUUGUGAAAGAGUUCUUCUGUUUGUAUUUUUUUAAAGAGAACUUUUUUAGUUUAUUAAAUUAUAACAUGUUCCCUUUUGUUUUGUAAAUAAAUGUGCCCCCAAGUUCUUAAUGUUAUAUUAAAAGAGAGGGUCCUUCAAAAAAAUUAUUUUUUAAAACACAGAGGUGUUCUGACCUGCAACUUGACUGGGAAGCCCCUGGGUAACACAGGUCCUGUUGUGGCCUUUCCUUGAUGUGACACUUGAACUAGUCGAUUUUUUGAAGGCUAUAACCUAACCUCGACUAUUUGUUGUUAUGUGCAAUACUGUUUGUACUGUUUGUAUAAAAAAUAGAAAAAAAAAGAAAAGAAAAAAGGCAUAAAUCUUUAUUGCAGAUUUAUUUUCAUUGCAAACUUUAGACAUUGUGAUUCACUGAAAUCAUUUUUCUACUGUCAAAUAUGUACCUUUUCUUCAUGCUGGUAUUUUUUCAAUAGUAAUGUAGCCUUUGUACUGAGACAAAUUUUCAUUGUUAUUUUUAGAAAGAUUUUUUGCUAAGAAAAAAAUUAAACAUAUUUACAUAUUUUUCAUUUUAUUUCGUAUUUUCUUUAAGGAGUGCUUUCUCAAUCAUUAAUAGAGUUGUUUCUGGGAGGGACUUUCAUAUCUGGUCAAUGUCAUAAUAUUAUUUUGUAUUUUUACUUGGAAUAAAUUAAUUUUAUGAUGCUAAUUCUUUAAAAGUUUAUUUUUUUCAUUUUCAGUUAUUUUUSAAGCUAAAACCUUUGUAAUAUUGUUACUAAAGUGUCUAGUUUUUUGAAAUGCAAAGCUUUAUGUAUUAACUUGCUGAUGUGGUUUACAAUAGUGUGACAACGAUGAAAAUGGUUGGUUAUGUAAA